AUGAUUGCUCCUAUCUACACCAAACAGCGAGGGAGAGCGAGUAAAGAUGAGCGCACGCUGAGCGCCGAAGCGUUUCCGCAAACUCAUAAACGCGGCGGCCUUAGGCCGCGCGUGCGCAGCGAAGCACUGAGCUCGCGACAAAGUCCGUUUCCUGACUUUUGCAGGAAGCAGCGUUGCAUCACUUCCGGCCUCCCUUUAGCUGCCAUCUUGCGUCCCCGCGUGUGUGCACCUAAUCUCAGCUGGUCCGCCCGAGACCCCCUGAGCGCCAACCCUAUUCCCCCGCGCGGUCCCAUUUCCGCUCCAACAAGGUACAAAAAGGCUUUGGACGCCGGCGUGGGAGGAGGACGGGAACGGGGGCGGGAAGUGCCCGGAAGGAGCGAGACAGGGAGGGACAGGGCUGAGGAGAGGAAGGCGAUGCGACGGACAGGCGCACCCACUCAGGCUGACUCUCGGGGGCGAGGUCGAGCCAGGGGCGGCUGCCCUGGGGGCGAGGCGACGCCGUCUCUUCCUCCACCUCGCGGCGGAACCCGAGGACAGGAGCCUCAGAUGAAAGAAACUAUCAUGAACCAGGAGAAACUCGCCAAGCUGCAAGCACAAGUGCGCAUUGGUGGGAAAGUAAGUUUUAAUAGUUUUUUGGGCUUUUGGAAGCUUAAAGGUUGGGGGUGGUUUUUUGGUUUUUGGAUUUGCUUUUCUUGUAUUGUUGGCUUGUCACUGUCUCUAGAGGGCAUUUCAUAGAGCUAGCAAAGCGGG